AUGGCUCCAGUCGAAACGGCCUCGCUCAAACCGCCGCCACAUAACGUCUUCGGCGAGUCCCCGCCCAUCGUGAGGCCCCUCGACGAGUGGCAAUUGAACGACCCCAAUAUAAUAGUUCCCGUCCGGUUUGCUGUCGCCGGGCUAGGUGAUGUCAUUCUCUGGCAGUAUGGCAUCGUGGAGCGCAAGAAUGUAACCGCCCUCGGCCGUCACCUCCAGGGCCUGUAUGGCUACAACGUCGUCCAAGUCCUGUUCAUCGACAUAUUCACCAUCCUCUGGUACUUCGACCGGGACUCCCUCUACAGUGCGGGGCCCUUGGCCGCCUUGUUGCCGAGGGAGUGGACAGACUUCCGCCACGAAAAUCACGACGCCCACGCCCCCCGCUUGCCUAAUCUCGAAACCGCCCUCGCCCAGUAUAGAGAGCGCACGGCAAUGGAGGGCUUCGACCACCACUGGUAUGAGAUUUAG